GCCCGGUCGAAUACACAUCAUCCACUGCCUAAAGGAAGUCCUUUCAAAACCUUCCACAUCCGCACCCAAGCAUCUAACGAUCUGUAAAGUGAUUGGACUUCAGAGCAUUGUUUUGCAUCCGAACUUUGCAAAAGAGAGAUCACCUGAUAUCCGAAUACUUUCUGAAUCGAUACAGUACGGGUAAGCACUACCAAGUGUUCGGUCUCGGCCCCGAAAAAGGACGCCUUGGCUUGCAGACGGUAUUCUCUCAUCGCGCAUCCCUGGCUCUCUCUCGCCCCUCCUUCUUCACACAAAUCUCGGGAAAACAAGCCCCCAAAAAGUUGCCCUACCGUACAUCCUUUUUGCUCACUUCUGAACCUUUCCACCACCCUCCUCCUUUCGUUCUCUCUGAUCCUGCUCUUUUUUUGCACCUCUGUUUCCUUCGUUUCCGGUUUUUCUUUUACUUCUCGGAGAUAGAUCAUGGCUUGUCGUAGAUUAGCUAUGCGUCGCUUGCCUCUGGCAGCUACUCCUAGUGUGGCUCUCUCCGCCACUUCCGUUUCCUCGUGCCGCCAAGCUUCGGUACGGCCCUUUUCACGGCUAUCACAAUACAAGGAUGGACUCUUGGGAAGUGCCUCUAGGAAUUCGCAACAAUUUUUUAAUGCAUCAUCGAUCUUCAAUCUCCAAGUCCGAUCUUAUGCGAGUAUGGUUAUCAAGGUUCCCGCAAUGGCCGAGUCGAUUUCGGAGGGGACGCUGAAGCAGUUCUCCAAAAAGGUUGGAGACUUUGUGCUGCAGGAUGAAGAGAUCGCGACCAUUGAAACCGAUAAAAUCGAUGUCGCUGUCAAUGCCCCGGAGGCGGGCACGAUUACCGAGCUUCUCGUCGAGGAGGAGGCCACCGUCACCGUCGGCCAGGAUCUUGUCAAGCUGGAAUUAGGGGGAGCUCCGGAGGAAAGCGGUGGAAAGCAGGAAGCGGCUGAAGGAGAGUCGAAAGCGCCGGCAGAUGCUGUCCAAGAGUCCGGAAACAAACAGGCGCCUCCUAAGGAAGAGCGCGAGGAGGGCGAGCCGCCUGUCGCCCCCAGCCAAGAAGGGCUCGGCAACCGCGAGGAGAAGCGUGUGAAAAUGAACCGCAUGCGUCUCAGAAUUGCGGAACGCUUGAAACAAUCCCAGAACACCGCCGCAUCCCUGACAACAUUUAAUGAAGUAGACAUGUCUGCCCUCAUGGAAAUGAGGAAGUUGUACAAGGACAAGGUUCUUGAGAAGACCGGUGUCAAGCUUGGUUUCAUGAGCGCAUUCACCCGGGCUUGUGUUCUUGCCUCGAGGGAUGUCCCGACCGUCAAUGCCUCGAUUGAAGGGCCAGACGGCGGCGACACCAUUGUGUACCGCGACUAUGUCGAUGUUAGUGUUGCCGUUGCGACAGAAAAGGGGCUUGUUACCCCCGUGGUGCGGAAUGCCGAAGCUUUAGACUUUGUGGGGAUUGAAAAGGCCAUUGCCGAACUGGGCAAGAAGGCGAGGGAUGCGAAACUCACCAUAGAGGAUAUGGCGGGUGGAACUUUUACCAUCUCUAACGGUGGUGUCUUUGGUUCCCUUUACGGUACCCCGAUAAUCAACCUUCCACAAACCGCUGUGUUGGGGCUUCACGCCAUCAAGGACAGGCCGGUUGCUAUUAACGGGAAGAUCGAGAUAAGACCGAUGAUGUACCUUGCCCUCACCUACGAUCACCGUCUCCUCGACGGCCGCGAGGCAGUCACCUUCCUAGUAAAGGUGAAGGAUUACAUUGAGGAUCCCCGCCGCAUGUUGUUAGGCAUUUAAUUUUGCCGCGCGGUUCCCCCCUCUAGCUCCUAUCCUGAGUGAUCUCCGCUCGUGUGCCCCUGGUCUCUCACAUUGUCACCAUGUUAUUACCACAUGUCGCUAGCCUCUUUUUCCCUUUUUCUUUUUUUUUUUUCCUUUUUUUUUUCCCGCUAAAUUCCCGGCAUACUGUAUUUAAACACUUUUUUCUCGAUUGAGUGAAUUAUUAUUAUUCACUUGCAAAAAAA